AUGACGCAUAUAAACUCUGGACUGGGCAACUCCCAAGUGGCAGCAGAGACCAAAAAUGGCUACGUCAAGAUCACGAUCAAGGCCGGGUCGGCGCCGCUCACCCAGUAUCUCGUGGCCAAGCCAGAUGAUGCCACGAUAUACAUGGCCACCUAUAUUACGGGCGAAGUCGAUCCGGGAGAGCUCCGGUGGCUAGCUCGUCUCCGUCGCUCAGCUGUCCCAGAUGGUUGGCAUGGCACGGCGGGUACGCUCGAUGGUUGCACGGCUUUUGAGGGGAAAGAUACUUUCAAGUGUCCAAAUGGCGAGACGCGGUGCAAGAUGUACACUGCUGAUCGCUUUAUCGACGACAUCGUUCAUGGCGUAACAGGCCCGAAAGUAGGAAUCUGGAUGAUUAUGCCCGGUGUGGCCUACGAAACUUCGUCUGGCGGGCCUUUUAUGAGAGACAUUAACACUCAGAGUGGCGACGAUCAAGAGCUCUACUGGUACAUGAACAGCGGACACGUGCGAACUGAACCCUGGAGAUUCGGUCUGAUGGGACCAUACGCCAUGCGUUUCACGACCGGGGAGCAGCCCUCUGGGGAUGUCGACACUAGCUUUUUCGAAUCUCUCGACAUCCAAGGGUACGUCCCAACGAGCGGAAGAGGGCAAGUGAGCGGAGUGGCCGGCGGGGUACCUCAGGGUUUCGAGGCCGUGGUGCACUGGUAUAACGAGGCCGCGCAGUACUGGACCAAGGCCACCGUCGAGGGCAAUUACACCUCCCCACCGAUGAAGCCCGGCACAUACAAUAUGAAGCUCUACCGGGGCGAGUUUCCGAUCGCCGAGGACAAAGUCACCAUUGUCGCCGGACAGACGGGAACCAAGGACAUUAUCUCGAUCGAAAAGUCACCGCCUGUUAUUUUCCGCAUCGGUGACUUUGACGGCCAGCCAUUCGAGUUGAAGAACGGCGACCGGAUUGAGCGGAUGCACCCCUCGGACGUUCGUAUGACCAGCUGGGGAGGGAACUACGUCGUCGGAAAGUCAAAGCCGGAAGAGUUCCCUAUGGCGCUAUUCUCUAAGGAGGGUGGAGUGGCUACUGUUACUUUCAACUUGCAGGCCGACCAAGUAACUAAUACAGUUUUGCGAGUGAGCACGACGCUCUCGUUUAAAGGCGGACGACCGAAUGUGAAAAUCAAUAGCUGGCAGGGGAAAGACCCCGGUGCCCCCAAACUCAUCGAUUCCCGGGGAGUUACUCGCGGGGCCUAUCGAGGCUACGGAGAGCAGUAUACAUGGGAUGUUCCCGCGUCAGCUUUGAAGACUGGAGAGAAUACUCUGACGCUCGGGGUGUUCGGAUCGGGGGACCAGGGAUUCCUGAGCGCCAACUACAUCGUUGAUGCGAUUGAGCUUCAGGGGCCAAUCGGGCCUGAUAGUCCGGCCGCCUACGUGUAUUGA